GACUCCGGAAACAACAUGGCUGCGCCCGCGCGAGAGCCGGCUCUCCAUUGCUGCACCGGGCUGGCUCAGGUCUUCUUGCUGCUGGUGCUGGCGUGCGGUGCAGCGGCGAGCGAUGAGGUCGAGGCCGCGGAAGGUGCAGCGUCCAUCACGGGCUCGUGCGGCUGCGGAACGCCCCAGAGGGCCAGGGCCCAUGGGAGCCCUGCGGCGGCUCAGCGCUACUCCCGGGAGGCGAACGCCCCGGGCCUGACCUCGGGCCCGCGACCGCUCGCGCUCACCAAGAUGGUCCUCAUCCCUGCUGGAGUAUUUACAAUGGGCACUGAUGAGCCUCAGAUCAAGCAGGAUGGAGAAGCCCCUGCCAGGAGAGUCACUGUUGAUGCCUUUUACAUGGAUGCGUAUGAAGUCAGCAAUGCUGAUUUUGAGAAGUUUGUGAAUUCAACUGGCUAUUUGACAGAGGCUGAGAAGUUUGGAGACUCUUUCGUCUUUGAAGGCAUGUUGAGUGAGCAAGUGAAAACACAUAUCCACCAGGCAGUUGCAGCUGCUCCAUGGUGGUUACCUGUCAAGGGCGCUAAUUGGAGACACCCAGAGGGCCCAGACUCCACUAUUCUUCACAGGUCAAAUCAUCCAGUUCUCCAUGUCUCCUGGAAUGAUGCUGUUGCCUACUGCACAUGGGCAGGGAAGAGGUUGCCCACUGAGGCAGAGUGGGAAUACAGCUGUAGAGGAGGCCUGCAGAACAGGCUUUUCCCCUGGGGCAACAAACUGCAGCCCAAAGGACAGCAUUAUGCCAACAUUUGGCAGGGCGAGUUUCCUGUGACCAACACUGGGGAGGAUGGCUUCCAAGGAACUGCACCCGUUGAUGCCUUUCCUCCCAAUGGCUAUGGCUUAUAUAACAUAGUGGGGAACGCAUGGGAGUGGACCUCAGACUGGUGGACUGUUCACCAUUCUGCUGAGGAAGCACUCAACCCGAAAGGCCCUACUUCUGGGAAAGACCGAGUGAAGAAGGGUGGAUCCUACAUGUGCCAUAAGUCCUAUUGCUAUAGGUACCGCUGUGCAGCUCGAAGCCAGAACACACCAGAUAGCUCUGCAUCCAACCUGGGAUUUCGUUGUGCAGCAAACCACCUGCCCACUGCAGACUGACAGACAAAAGGAGCCCUUCCAGGUCCAAGAAGUUGUUUCUUACUUGUGGCUGGCCUUUCCCUGGAGAUCUGAACUGAUCUUGUGUAAAAUAUUCCCACCUGAGGAGAGUUACAUGUCCACCCAGUGGCCAAAGGAACUGUCUCGUGUGACCAAAUUGCUGACGUGUGUCAGUGCUUGUGCUUUAUUGUGUGGUGUAUCUUUGGGGAUCAUCGCCAUGUUUUACUUUGAGAGCCUUUUGAAGAGGAGAGAGCUGAGAACCAUGAAGUCCUGGCCAGACUCUGCCACACGGUCAGACCCUGGAGUCCAGCACCUUGUCUCCCUGGGCCUGAGUCUCCUCAGGAAAUGAGGGGUGGACGACAUGGUCUCUGAGGCUCUCUCCGACUUGCAGAUUCUAUUCACAUUAGCAGAGUGUAUUGUGAUUGCAUAGUGAGAAUUUAUGACAGAUUAUUUUUUAGCUAUUUUUUUGCCAUAUGUGAAUCUUGAGUAAUACUGAUCAUAUAAGGUGAGAGUUCUCUUAUGUAUUAUUUUCAGAGAAGGGUGGGGUUCGAGUCUUUUAUAUUCAUACUGCACUUUGUUCUUUCAAGGAAAUCAGUGUCUUUAACAUUGUUGUGACAAAUCCCAUUGGGACAGUGAGGGGACACUCAAGUUUGGAGAUCUGAACACCCAGGAAUGCCUGUGGAGUGACUCUAUUGUCCUUUUUCUUUUGACAUUAAGUGCCUUUGGCUCAGAGGGACAAUUUGAAGCCUUGUUUUUCCCUUUGCCCUCCAAGCCUUCAAAGAAUGUGAAAUGUGUACUAAUUAGGAAAACCAUUGAAUUCUAGGUACAUGGAUAUUGCGGUUUGGUCUGAUGUUAUGUAUUGUAAUGCUGAAUCCUGUACCUGAAGGUCUAGGCCUGUGAGUGAAUUCUCACAUUUACAAGCUUUUUUUGUGCAAACCUUGUUCCUUAAUUUAAAACUGUUGGUUAAAUAAAAUUGGCUACAGCCAAUUACUGGAGGGAUUAGAGGUAGGUAGGUUUCCAGUUACCUGGUUGGGGGUGGAAAGAGAGGAGAGAGGAGAGACCAAGGAGAGAAGGAGGAAGGAGAGGAUAGGUGGAGCUGCCAUGAAGGGAGAUGGGCAAGUAUCUAGGAGAAACUGCAAGUAUCUGGGGAACCGUGCAGGGGAGGCAGCAAGGCCAGCAGUUAGAAAAGUAGAUUAGGGAUUACCCCCAGUAAUUGUCAAAGCCACAUAAAAUAACCAUAGUCUGAGUCUCAUUUAUUUGUAAACCAGUUGGGGAUAGACUUAUAUUGAUACCACACGGGAGAAAAAGAACCAGGGCCUUGAAUAGACUACAUUCAGGGUAUCUGGUGUAUUAUACCAGAGAGAUGAGAAAUUUUGUUGAUUUUGCGAUAUCAGAUGCUUUGAAUCAUGCACUAUGUCAAAUAAACUAGUACCUCUCAAGUCAGA